AUUAAAUGCAUUUGCUUGUUGAAAAACUCAUGUCUAUAAAUGCAUGUCUAACUAAUUCAUUUUGAGGCAAUACAUCUAUAUCCUUCUUUAUCCUCUCAAUUACAAAAUGGCUAUUACCAUCCCUUCUUCAACUAAGUGGUUUUCUGAAACAUUAGAAGCAGUGACAAAGUUCAAAGAAAUUCUUUCUUUGAGAGUGUGGAAAGUCAUUGAUUGUUCUGCAGUUGAGAAAUUUGUGAAUGUUAUGAAGAGAGUUCUUUUUGCUGCAUUCACCUUCAUUUUAGCACUAGGAGGAUCGAUGAUAGGAACAAUAGCAGGAGCUAUUAAAGGACAAACAACAGAAGCUGGUUUUCUUGAUGGAGCUGGAAAAGGAGCAAUUGCAGGGGCCAUUGCAGCCAUUGAAUUGAUGAGUUUUGCUUCUCUUUGUGAGCCAUUUUCUAAGGUUGCUCUGUUGAGAAGUUUAUUAAAUGGCAAAUUGUUUGUGGAAUGGAUAUGUCCAACUGUUGCACAAGCUUAUUUGUUUUAUAUUAAUUCGUUAGAAUCAACAUUUGGAGAAAUGUUUUCAGACAUUCAUGAUAGUAUGGGAGUUAAGGGGAUGCCACAAAGUUGUAUUAUGAAACUUCCAUUUCACAAAUUUAACUCCAAUAAAAUGAUGAAACUAUACAGGGAGUCUUGUUGCUCAAUUUGCUUCCAGGAUUUUGAAGAUGGAGAGUUGGUGAGAAUUCUUCCAAAAUGUUGUCACAUUUUUCAUUUAGAAUGCAUUGACAAGUGGCUUAUCCAACAAGGAUCAUGUCCCAUGUGUAGAGCUAGAACUUACGUUCCUAACCACAAUCUUAAUGAAUAGUCUCGUUUUUGUUGUAAAAUAGGUUAAGCAAUUAUCGAGCAUUGACUUUUUUCUUUCUUUCUUGUUAUGGUAACUUUUUGUAUAACUUAGGAAUGUUAUCCAUAAUUUGUACAUAUUGUGGUAAUUGCAAUUUUGUCACUUUUAUAACACUUAAUUAAUCACGAUCUCUA